AUGCAGACCUCACAUCCCCGGUUAACCCCCCUCUCAACCUUCUCCCCCACCGACCACCUCCUCCUCUCCACUCUCCGCUUCAUACCAACCACCACCUCGCCUGGUCCAUUCACGUUCAUCUUCCUCCAUGCAACAGGGCUCCAAUCAUCAACCUUCGAACCUCUAAUCGCGACUUUGUUCGAUUCAUCCAUCGGUCGGAACAUCAAGGAAGUAUGGGCAAUCGAUGCCGCGAAUCAGGGUGAUUCGGCGGUGUUGAAUGAUGGAAAGUUGGGGGUGGAGUAUUCGUGGGCAGAUGGUGCACGGGACAUCACCUCUGUAAUCAAACAAGCGAAUCUCACCGAACCGAUUGUCCUCGUCGGACACAGUAUGGGCGGUGCACAAGCACUAUUGGCAACAAUCCUCCACCCCACCCUCAUUCACGCAACAAUCGCCCUCGAACCCGUCGCGCACAACGCCCCAAUCUCAACCCCACCCACCCUCCUCCUCCACAACACCCUCCGUAAACCCUCCUCAUGGCCCUCACGGACUGAUACUUCCCUCCUCUCCCUUCGCCAAAAAUCAUUUUAUAGACGGUGGGAUCAACGCGUGUGGGAUAUCUGGCUCGAAACUGCACUCCACCAAAAUGAGGAAGGGGGCCAGGUGAGGUUAAAGACCACCCCGAUCCAGGAAGCGGCGUGCUAUCUCGACCCCACCACACAAUCCCUAACCUUCAGUCUUCUCCCGCAUAUGAGGAGACCAGUGCUGUAUGUUGUUGGUGGUGCAGCAAGGUGGAAUACGGCGCAGAGUAAUGUUGAUCGGCAGGGGAGGACGCCGGGGGCGAGGACGGUUGUGGUUGAGGGUGGGGGGCAUUUGGUGUGUGUUGAGGAUGUGCAGGGGACGGUUGAUGCGAUGGUCCCGUUUCUCACGGAAGUGAUGGAUGAUUGGACAGAGAACUCGAAACAAACGCAUAAUCCUACGAAUGUUCCGCAGUGGAGGGAGCGAAGAACACAAGAGCUACUCGAUGGGUUCAGAAAGAUUCUGGAAGCUAAGAUUGGGAAGGAUGAUGCUGCAAAGGCGAAGAUAACGAAGAGUAUGCUGUAG